GAUGCGGCGACGGUGGCGACAAGGCCUCUGGAGUUCGGAGCCCGAGGGCCUUUGCAGGGGUCGAUGGCGGCAGCGCAUUUCAGUUCGCGAAGGUGCUUAGUGAUUGUCGCGGCAUGCAAUCGAUGUUUGUACACCAGCCCCUCGUCGACAUCGACGUUGGUCUAGUGAUGAAGCGCGCGCGGCACCUCCACGAUCGUACCAUCGCCUCUGGGCGCUCCGUCUACAUCGGCACGACGAGCGACCCUUCAUGGCGAUGGAAUGGAGGAUGGGGGUGGCGAGGAAACGACCGAAGCUUCAUGCGCGGGCACAAGCUCAGCUACGAUGAGAUGCAAGUGGUCGCGUCCUUCCCCGACAAACAAUGCGGAGAGGUUGAGAAGCAUGUGAUCGCGCACUUCCCCCGUGCUGACAACAAGGUCGCGUCGCCGCAGGGGCUUGCG